UCCUAUAUUUGAUCCUGAUGAGUUUAAUAAAAUGCUUAAAGAUAAUGAUUCAAAUUUAAAAGGAUUUUUCAAUGAAGUAUGUAAUAUAUUAAUACCAGAAGACUGUUCAGAAUAUAAUAAAAAGGAAGAUAAAAAGAAAGUUGUUACAAUUUUGCAUUUGAUGGCUGGAAUCCAGAAUAAACAUGCUAAUAAUUUUAAAUUAGAACUUGCCUUAUAUCUUAUAGGAUCAGGAACAUCUUGUGAUGGAAUUGAUGCACUGGGUAAUGCUGGAGUUUCAAUUACUUAUAAAACUGUAUAUAAUUAUAAAAAGAAAAUUGCAGAAGAACAUCCAUUAAGAGUAAAAAAAUACUUUAAUGAAAAUAAAAAUAAUCUUUGUAUAUACAACCUGGAUGAUUAUCAUAACACUCAUGAAAAAAGACAUCCAAAUCAUACUACUCUAUCAGAAGCAGUCCAUUUAGCAACAAGUAUAAGUAAAAAAAUUGAAGGAUCCAUGCCUGUUCCAAUUAUGUUUAAUAAUGCAUCUGUUCAUAAUCCUGAUAAUAUUG